AUGCCUGCGGCACUUGUGGAGAACAGCCAGGUCAUCUGUGAAGUCUGGGCCAGCAAUCUAGAAGAAGAGAUGAGGAAGAUCCGAGAAAUCGUGCUCAGUUACAGUUAUAUUGCCAUGGACACAGAAUUUCCAGGUGUUGUGGUGCGACCCAUUGGUGAAUUUCGUAGUUCCAUAGAUUACCAGUAUCAGCUUUUACGGUGCAAUGUUGACCUUUUAAAAAUUAUCCAGCUGGGCCUUACAUUCACAAAUGAGAAGGGAGAAUAUCCUUCUGGAAUCAACACUUGGCAGUUCAACUUCAAAUUCAACCUUACAGAGGACAUGUACUCCCAGGAUUCCAUAGAUCUCCUUGCUAACUCAGGACUGCAGUUUCAGAAGCAUGAAGAGGAAGGGAUUGACACAUUGCACUUUGCAGAGCUGCUUAUGACAUCAGGGGUGGUUCUCUGUGACAAUGUCAAAUGGCUUUCAUUUCACAGUGGCUAUGAUUUUGGCUACAUGGUAAAGUUACUUACGGAUUCUCGUUUGCCAGAAGAGGAACAUGAAUUCUUUCACAUUCUGAACCUUUUCUUCCCAUCCAUUUAUGAUGUGAAAUACCUGAUGAAAAGUUGCAAAAAUCUUAAGGGAGGUCUUCAGGAAGUUGCUGAUCAGUUGGAUUUGCAGAGAAUUGGAAGGCAGCACCAGGCAGGCUCAGACUCACUGCUAACGGGAAUGGCAUUCUUCAGGAUGAAAGAGUUGUUUUUUGAGGACAGUAUUGAUGAUGCCAAGUACUGUGGGCGGCUCUAUGGCCUAGGCACGGGAGUGGCCCAGAAGCAGAAUGAGGAUGUGGACUCUGCCCAGGAGAAGAUGAGCAUCCUGGCGAUCAUCAACAACAUGCAGCAGUGAUGGCAGCGAGGCUCUGCAGGGUGGGCCUGUCCCACAGUGGUGCUUCAUGGGCUGACUGUGUGUACUUAUCUUCCUCCCCAAGAGAAAAGGCUUCUUUUGAGCAAACUGUACCUACCAUCUGCGUUGACAGGAAGACUUUUGUUUUACUGAAGACAAAAGAUGUCUUUAUUUUAGAUCCAGAAGAACGGAGUUUGCUCUGAAUUUGUAAACACGUCUUCCCUAUUCCUCAUCCCUAAGCCUCUCUUCUCCAGUUGCCUCCUGCCACCAGCAUCCAUGGCUCAUUUGACACCUUCUAAAAUCCAGGACAAGUCAGAAACAAACUAGUAAAAUGUAUAUAACUCUUA